GCAGGCGAACACUUCCGGUAAAAACAAACCAGCAUGUUUCUGUGGUUUCGCGGAUGUAUUUCACUGUCUGAUCGUUAGUUUUAUUUUUCAAGUGUGUCAACGAAUCCGCGAUAAUGAAAUUUGCAUACAAGUUUUCCAACUUGUUAGGAAGUGUAUAUAGGAAAGGCAAUGUACUGUUUACUCCAGAUGGCAGCAGUGUCCUAAGUCCAGUUGGAAACAGAGUGACCGUGUUUGAUCUAAAAAAUAACAAGUCUGAGACACUACCUAUUGAGGCUCGUAUGAACAUAACAUGUAUAGCACUAUCUCCAGAUGGUUUCACUUUUAUAGUAGUAAAUGAAGAUGGUGAGGCACUGUUAUGCAGUUUGAUCAGUAAGACUGUCCUACAUAGAUACCACUUUCACAGAGAUGUACAUGCUAUCAAGUUCAGUCCUGACGGAAGUAAAUUUGCUGUCACUCGAGAGAACAAGGUGCUUGUGUUUCAUGCACCAGGAAAAACGAGGGAAUAUAACCCAUUUGUCCUGUACAAAACCUUCUUUGGGCCUUAUGAUGAAACAACAUGUCUUGAUUGGACAGAUGAUUCAAAAGCAUUUUGUGUUGGGUCCAAAGACAUGAACACAAGGGUAUAUGGAGCACAGCAUUUCUCCAAUUUGAUUGUGUAUUCUAUAGGAGGUCACAAUGAUGAAAUUGUUGGAGCAUACUUUGAACAGAAUUCACUAGAUUUAUACACAAUAAGUGCUAAUGGUAGACUGAACAUAUGGGAAUGUGAUACUGAACUAGAUGGACUUAAACCCUACAAAGCACCAGAGGGGAAUUUACCUAAAAUUGAAGUCAGUUCUGAGGAGGAAGAUGAAGAUGGGGAACAAGAUGGAGAACCAAAAAAUAAAGGUAAAGAAGUGAAGAUGAGAAAGGAUGAAGAAAAUAAGAUGGUGGAUAAAGUCAUAUACAAGAGAAUAGCCAGGCAUUCCUAUAAGGUAGCGAGAGGUGAUAAGGCAUCUAGAGGGACAGUAACAAGUUCAGCUUACCAUAAAGCUACACAUAUAUUGGUCACUGGCUUUGAUGACGGGGUCUUCUUCCUUCAUGAAAUGCCAGAUUUCAACCUCAUUCAUUCUCUCAAUAUUUCAGACAAGUCCAUAGCUACAGUAGAGUUUAACAAGACAGGAGACUGGAUAGCAUUUGGGUGUUCUGGAUUGGGUCAGCUUCUAGUCUGGGAAUGGCAAAGUGAAACAUAUGUUUUGAAACAGCAGGGACAUUAUAACAACAUGAAUUGUGUUGUCUAUUCACCAGAUGGGCAGAAUUUGGCUACUGGAGGGGAUGAUGGCAAGGUAAAGGUAUGGAACACAAGCAGUGGAUUCUGUUUUGUCACCUUUACAGAGCAUCUUGGUGGUAUAACUGGUGUUGUUUUCAACCAGAAUGGACAAGUUGUUUUAUCCUCAUCACUUGAUGGAACAGUCCGGGCCUUUGAUCUCAACAGAUAUCGAAAUUUCCGUACAUUCACCUCGCCUCGACCAGCCCAGUUUUCAUGCAUCACCAUAGAUCCCAGUGGAGAUAUAGUGUGUGCUGGAGCCCAGGAUACUUUUGAAGUAUUUGUAUGGUCUAUGCAGACUGGCAGACUUCUAGAGGUAUUAGCAGGACAUGAAGGGCCUGUAAGCAGUCUCAGUUUUAGCCCAACAGAGACAUUGCUGGCAUCCGGCUCCUGGGAUAAAACAGUGAAGCUUUGGGAUGUAUUUGAGAAUAAAGGAGCUAAGGAGACUUUAGGGGUGUCCUCUGAUGUGCUAGCUGUAUCAUUCCGUCCUGAUGGUGGAGAAUUAGCCGUGUCCACAUUGAAUGCUCAGAUCUCCUUCUGGGAGCCUCAUCAGGCCAAGCAGGUGGGGUCCAUAGAGGGGAGACAUGAUAUCGGAUACUCAAGGAAAGAACAAGAAAAGAUAACUGCAAAGAAAUCAGCAUUUGGAAAAGCCUUCAACACAGUGUGUUACUCUGCAGAUGGGAAGUGCAUUUUGGCUGGAGGAAGAUCUAAGAAUGUGUGUAUAUACUCUGUGGCUGACCAGAUGCUUAUUAAGAAGUUUGAAAUCUCGUGCAAUAUGUCCUUUGAUGGAAUGGAGGAGUUUUUAGACAAAAGGAAGAUGACAGAGUUUGGCAGCUUAUCUCUUGUUGAUACAGAUGAGGACAGAGACAUUAGUCUACCUGGUGUAAAAAAAGGUGAUAUGUCAUCAAGACACUGGAAACCAGAAGUCAGAGUCUCUUCUGUGAAGUUUUCACCAACAGGAAGAGCCUGGGCUGCCACAACAACAGAAGGACUUCUGAUAUACUCACUGGACAGUAAUCUUGUAUUUGAUCCAUUUGACCUUGACAUUGAUAUAACUCCCUCCAAUGUGAAGAAGACACUGACAAAGGGAGAGUACUCUACUGCAAUGAUGCUGAGUUUCCGCUUGAAUGAGCACAGUCUGAUACAGGAAGUUUUAGAACAUAUACCAGUCUCUGAUGUGGAGGUGAUUGUAGACAAUUUGCCUGACAUAUAUGUGGAUAAACUGAUGUCAUUUGUGGCGGGUAUGAUAGAAUCUACAGCUCAUAUAGAGUUCUACCUGACCUGGGCAAGUAAACUUCUCAUGCAGCAUGGACCAAGGUUAAAACAGAGGUCACAGCAGAUAAUGGCUACAUUGAGAUCUAUGCAGAAAAAUGUUACACGCAAAUCUGAAGAGUUGGGCAAAAUAUGUGACCACAACAAAUACAGCCUGCAAUAUAUUAUUGCAUUGUCUAAAGCAAAGAGAAAACAUAUGGAUAAAGACUGUACCAGUGAACAGAAUAGCCAAAAGAAGGAACCAGCCAGUGAUGACCAAGAAGAACCAGACUCUGAGGAUAAUAUAAUGGAGGCAGAAUCUGAAAACGAACUAGAAGAAUCAGAAGAUGAACUAGAAAAUAUCGUUAAAGAAAAUAAAGGUGAAAUUUUGACAGAUUCUGAAGGAAGUUCUGACUCUUCAAUGGAUGCUACAUGAGGAUAGUUUCUGUUCUGGUGAUGUGGAACUGUCAUUAAUGGAAACAAAGAUUUCCUUGCAUUUAUAAUUGUUAGUAGUGGGAAGAGAAUGAAUACUCUCAGUACAGCCUGGAAGAGUUCCAGAUACAUUAAAUAAAAAUGGGUAUCCAGUUGAAAUACACCAUUGAGAGUCACAUGACAUUAUGUAACAGUUAGCAGUCUUAUAAAUUCUUCAGGUACAUAGAGUAUUUAAGUAACUGGUUGCUUUUUUCGAAAUAGUUUACUUCAAACCUGUCAUGAAAUCCUUAUGCAUGGAUUCAAUUUUAUUUGAGCCUUAUUGGAUCUUGUUAAAGAAAAGAGUUGAGAGAAGUGUGAAGCAUUCAAUAAAGACUUUUAAUUGAAACAAAA